AUGGGAGUGAAUCGUCUUACUGCCCUUUUAACACGGUAUGCACCCGAUGCGUUGCGUCAAGUGCACGCCAAUCAUUUUGCGUAUCAGACCAUUGCCAUUGAUGCGAGUUGUCAUUUGAACAAGUUCAUGUAUGGAGAUGAACCGCACCCGUUUCGACAUAUCUAUGGGUUUUAUUUGUUGGCGCGUUUCUGCGAUAUGAAUAAAAUCAACCCCAUCUUUGUGUUUGACGGACCCAGCCGCAUCGCGGCCAAAAGACUGGAACAGACACGGAGAGAGAAAGGACGCCUUAAAGUCAACUAUUCACUAGUCUUUGAGCGUGAACGCAUGGCAAGGCUCGAUUCGUGGCAUGAAAUUGUCGAGCCCAACUUUGGCAAACUGUCUGAGGAAACCGCUGUCAACAUUCUGUCGCUGUUGGGAGAAACAUUGGACGAAUUAGAAGAGGAGCAGGUCCGAAGCGAACCUUUGGUGACAGCGGAAGCUGCUGCACCAGAGGAUGUUGUGGAGAUUGAUCAGGAAGUAGCGGAACGACAUACCCAGCUGGAAGACUGUCUUGUUCAUCUCGCCAACGACGUCAAUCGCGCUAUUUUGGAAGCCAAUGAUGCAGAUAAAUAUACCAGAACUGUGCGAGACUUGUCAGCGCAGGAACGCGAUGUUAUGGUCCGACUCAUUCGCACUCGGCUAAGCAACGUUAACAUCGCCUUGCAUGAUCUUCAACAAAAAAAUCGUCAAGCACUUUUAUCACUAGAAAAGCGAUCAAUUCGGAUUACACAGAAAAUGCGUGACGAAUGCCGACAUUUUCUAAAAACCCUGGGGUAUCCUUGUUUCACCUCAUUUCAUCACGAAGCCGAAGCCAUGUGUGCGAAAAUGGCCGUGGAGCACCGCACCACUGCGACCAUAUCGGAAGAUUUAGAUACCAUUGUGUUCGGUGAUGCGCCUUUGUUGCGGUAUUUCUUUGCCAAGGGAAGACCGAUCUUAGUAGUGGAUCCCGUGAAAGCACGACAACAGCUACAGCUGGAUCGAGAUGCGUUUAUCGAUAUGUGCAUUUUAUGCGGCACAGACUUUUCAGGCACCAUCCAGGGCAUCGGUCCUGUACGUGCGUUACAUUACAUGCAACAGUAUGGUUCCAUUGAGAAACUCCUCCAGCAUCUGCCACCCAAAUAUGUACCAGAAGAGGACUUUGAUUUUCAAUUAGCACGACAGACCUUCAAGGAAUUGCCGCCUAUACCGCCCGACUCGACGGCGUAUACGCCUGGUGUUUUGGAUCCAGCAGCUGCGCAACAUUUAUUGAGUAUCUACGAAAUUGAUCCCCAGGAAGUCGAAGAUCGAUUGAAUACCAUCCGUUUACAGCAACUUUCACAGAAUUACGGCGCUUGGGGACCAAACCCUUUCAAUGAUAUGGCCCCUUUUUGA